AUGGAUCCUGAAUAUCAAGAUAUUGAUGAUUAUGAAGAUAUAACAGAGAAAGAGCUUGUUAAAGAAGAUGAAGUUUAUGAUGAAUCUUCUGAAGAUUCAGAUACUAAUUCUCCACCAGAAAUGCCAAAAAUAACUAACGAUGGUCAAUUACCUCCAAUAAUAUUAAAUGAUCUCAAAAAAGUAGCAAUUCAACCACCUGAUAAAGCUUUAAGAGGAAAUUUAUUGUCAUCUAUAUUUAAUAAUUCAGCAGGCACCAAUGCAAAGUUACUAGAAACAAUUCCAGAAGAUCAUUUACAAAUUGUCAGAGGAAUUCUUCAAGAAGCUGGUAUUAAUAACUAUCAUAAUGUGGUGGCACAAAAUAUAGCUGCUUUUGCUAUUAAAAAAACUCUUGAAUAUGUGACAGAAGCUAAGUCAUUUGCAACAUAUGGCAAUCGAAGUCAAAUUGAAGAGUGUGACGUUAAACUUACAAUUGAGACAUAUGAAGAAGAUUUACUUAAUGUUCGCCCCACCAGGAAACAAAUGUGUCAAUUAGCAACUGAAAAAAAUAGUAUACAAUUACAACCUUUUAAAAAUAACUUUGGUUUACACUUACCUUCUGACCGGUUUACUCUUAUGCAGCCAACAUACAUCUUCGACUACUCUAAAUUAUCCUCUGCUCUUAAGGAGAGGGCUGCAAUGACAGAGAGACUACAUCAGACAGCCGUUAAGCAUCAGCUUCAACGAGAACCUUCUCAGGAAUUACACUAUGACGCAAUGAUUAAAAGAUCAAAGAUGGAUGAAGAAACUGAUUUUGACUGUUAA